GCAUGCUUUAAACUCAGAGGAUUGACCCUGGAAUAUUAUGUUAAACUGAUACACACUUCAAUGUAGCAUAAACCCACGAAGUGGAAUUUAACAGAAUAUCUCUGGGUCGAAUGUUUUUACCUUUGUUGCGGCAGGACACAUUUCAUUUUGUCCUCGGUAGUAUUUAACAACCUUUGGCGGUCACCCACCUCAACACGUUUGACACAGGCAGCAGCCCAUUUACUGAGUGGUGUGAGGGCAGUUGUUCGGAGGACUUCGUAAAAUUUUCCUACAUCUUCACUUGGGAGAAAAAGCCUGAAAUAAUUGAUAGAGGCAGGCUCCAGUUUGGUCAAUGGGAUGUUAGUGGUCUGGAGGCGUGCCAGAACUGAAGGAGCAUGGUGAAGCACCAACCCCUGCAGGUCUAUGAGAGGCAGCUGUGUUUGUCAUGUCUCACAGGGAUCUAUGGGUGCCGCUGGAAACGGUACCAGCGGUCACAUGAUGACACCACCAAGUGGGAGUUCCUGUGGUCUCUCAUCCUCUUCUUCACCUUCUCUCUGCUCCUGGUCUGGUUCUACUUCUGGUGGGAGGCACACAACGACUACAAUGAGUUCAACUGGUUUUUAUAUAACCGUUCUGGAGAGUGGAUCGACGGGACUGUUCCAAUCCUAGCCACUACCGCUGCCGGCUUCACUUAUAUUGCAUUUUUAAUGAUUUUAGCACUUUGCCACAUAGCAGUGGGACAACAGCUGAACUUGCACUGGCUGCACAAGAUAGGCGUGAGUACUGCUCUGCUGACCACUGCCAUCGGAUUCAUAUCUGUCAAUCAAACAUGGGGGGAGGAGUGGGCAGUCAUCCCUAUAUCACUCCAGGCCACAGGUCCCUUCCUACACCUAGGAGCCCUGGUGGCUGUCACCGCUCUGGCCUGGCUGGUGGCUGGGCAGAUCGCUCGCGCCGAGAAAACAAGGUUUCAGGUGGUGGUUCUCCUGCUCUACCUAAGUGUUCUACUGGGCCUCUACAUGGCCCCCCUUUCCAUCACCUCCCCCUGCAUCAUGGACCACGCCAACCUCACACCACGCCCUGACGUCAUUGGCCACCAGGGCGCACCCAUGCUGGCUCCAGAGAACACCAUCCUGUCCUUCCAGAGGGCUCUGCAGAUGAACGUCAGUGGGCUGGAGGCUGACGUGGCCAUCAGCCUUGACGGGGUGCCGUUUCUGAUGCGAGACCUCACCUUGAGGAGGACUACAGACGUGGGGAAGGUGUUUCCUGCCAGACAGCUGGAUGAUGCCUCCUCCUUUAACUGGACAGACUUACACAGCCUCAAUGCCGGCCAGUGGUUCCUCAAGGAUGACCCAUUCUGGACGGUCCAGUCCAUGGCUCAGAGGGAGGUGAUGCUGGUGGGGAACCAGAGUGUGUGUAGUCUGGAGCAGCUGCUGAGGCUAGCCACCAUCCAUAACCACACAGUUGUGUUCGACCUGCGCCGACCCCCGCACGGACACCCCUGCUACCACAGCUGGAUCAACGAUACCCUGGAGGUCAUACUCCUGUCUGGGAUUCCACAGCACCUGGUGAUGUGGACCACAGACUGGGACAGAGGGCAGGUAAGACAGGUGGCUCCAGGGCUGCAGCAGACGUCAGUAGAGAAGCUGCCUCCUCAGGUCCUUCACCAGCAGGGAAUCAGCAGACUACUGUUACGUUACAGCCAGGCCAGCCUCUAUGACAUCCGAGAGUUCUCCAGGAGCAAUGUGAGUGUGACUCUGUACACGGUCAACGAGCCCUGGCUGUUUUCUGUACUCUGGUGCAGCGGGGUCUCCUCUGUCUCCUCUGAAGCCCCCAACAUCCUCAGAAAGGUGCCUUACCCCAUCUGGCUCAUGAGUCCAGAUGAAUACUGUCUGAUCUGGGUCGCUGCUGAUCUCAUCUCCUUCACUGUAGUUAUAGGAAUUUUUGUAUUCCAAAAGUGGAGGUUGAGUGGCAUGCACAGCUACAACCCUGAACAGAUCAUGCUGAGUGCCGCGGUCCGGAGGUCCAGCAGAGACCUCAACAUCAUGAAGGAGAAACUCAUCUUCUCCGAGGUGAGCAAUGGUGUGGGCAGUGCUGAGGACCUGUACAUGGAGAAUGGCUUCGACUACUACAACAACGAAGGCAUCUCCCAUUGACUCUUACUCACCUAAUGUGAAUCUACUGAAAGACACCCGACUCUACUAGCAUAUGGAAACUGAGUAAAUUAAGACUUCCAAGUGACUGUCUUGUGAUUAGCUUAUCUGUUGUUAUGCUUACUCUUGUUUUACUCAGUGUAUCCAGAUAGUUAUUGGUUUGUUCCUCCUACUUACUGACUGACUGAUUGACAGGCUGCUGUAUUGCUGAAGAAUCCAAGGCAAGCACCACCCAUUGCUUUGUACAUUCUGUAAAUAGGUUUGUUUUUGCUUGUUAUAUACAAUGUGGGACUAAAUGCACUUUUUAUUGAUGAACUGAUUGCUUCGUCAGAUCUAUGGCCUCUUCUCCUCAUCUCUGUGGGCUCGAGUUCCACAUCAGGAUUUCAGAAUUCAGUGGAGGGUCGUACAUUGUAUUUUUUUUACCAAUUUGUUGGCCAGAAAAAGGGCAAUUAUUUAAAAAUAUAUUGGUCCAUUUAUAUAUAUAUAUUUUUACUUAAACCUUCCGUGUGCUAGGAUUGAAUGGGUUCAUAGGCCGGAUCUGGCCCUCGGCCGUAGUUUUUUCCCACCCCUGCUCUAGAUGCUUGGAGGCCCCCCCCCCCCAGUUAUCAAUGCUUAUUUGUUUGUUUCUACACUGUUAUUUGGAUUUCUUGCAAUCACUUUAUAGCACAGCCAAUUCUUAUUAUUUACAGGAAUUACUAUUUGUGCAGCAUGCUCCUUUUUCUUGCCUUUGGGCGCUAUUAUAAUUUCUAGGAACAAAAAGAACAUGAACAAGCUGUUUACAGAAGUCCUGCCUUCUCCGACUGAAAUAGUUACAUGAUGUAAGAUAAUGAUUUGAAUAGCAUAUGAUAGACAAUAUUAAGUGACUUGUGGAGCUGUGCUGUCUCGUGCCGGGCUUGUGUUCAGUUCAGGCAGAACUGAUGUUUACUCAGUGUUUUUGUGAUGUUUUCGGUUCAUUGUGAAUGGUGUUUUGAUUUAAGGAUGUGUACAGUGCAUGUAUUAUGUAGAGAUUUCACCCCUACCCUCAGUGUGCAGUCCUACAUGGAGUGUGUACAUAUUACAGAUGUUUUAGGUGCUAUGGCUGGAAAUGUAUAAUAAUAGCAAUAGUGUUGAAAAGUUUAUGAAAGUAAUUGAAAUACUUUGCCGACCCAACUUCUCAAUGGCAUUUGAACUCGUGGUGUUUGAAAAGCAAAGUGCAUCAAAUCAAUUGGUUUCUAUAGGGGGACAUCAAAGGGUGUCUGUGAUGCGAUGAAGUGAGGUGUGCUAUAUUAACUGUGAAAAUAAAGCUGGAGGCUGUUGAAGGGAUGACACUGAGUAUCGGAAUGGAUAGACUUGUGUUAAUUUACUCCUUUGGUAUUUAUGUGCCUCAAAGUCAAUAAUUAAAAUGCUUCUGA